AUGUGGUACACCCUCAACAUUAUCAACGGCAGCAACAGCACCCCAAAACCAGGGGUUUCCCUUCAGCUCAGUGCCACAACUGUAUUCUUCCAGGACUGCUGGAGACCGUUUUUCCAGUCCGUCGUCAGCCUCACAGCCAUAACAGAACGCCUCCUGUGUGGGUCUCAUUUUGCCGCAAGAUACUUCACCUCCCUACAGUACUUUGGCUUCAAUUCUGUGCUGUCAGCUGAAUUUGUGGACAUGACUGACCUGAACACACUUGUGGAGAUGAGGUAUCUGACGCUAAUGGGAGUGGAACUCUACCGGCAGCCAGGACUGGCCACUAUGUUCCACAACCUCACCAAGCUGGAGACCCUGAACCUGGUCACCUGCAGGAUCCUCAGUCUGGAGGAGGAGAUGAGCAGAGACCUGCAUUCCCUCAGAACAGUUUUCUGCCGUCUCCUCAGACAGUUCAGUGUGAUGGAGAGCUUCACAGAACCGCUGACCAACCUGAGGUACCUGCUACUCUACAAUUUUCACUUGGACUGCAGCUGUGACAACACCUGGCUGCUCGCCUGGGCUGAAAGACAACCACAUGUCCAGGUCGUAUUUUAUCACUCUGGGGAAGCAGACGUGACAUGUAAAAACGAGAAUGGAAUCCAGAACUUUGUCAGGUACUCAGCAGCCAACUGUUCCCUGGACGUGGGCUUUGUCCUGUUCCUCUGCACCUCGCUGGGCAUGCUCCUCUUCAUGCUGGUAGUGCUGCUCCAUCAGCUGGCUCGGGAAUACCUGCUGGCCUUCUGCCACAUCAUCCGCUGCUGGCUGGAUGAGGCUGUACGGAGGCCCAACCUCAGGGGGCGCUACUGCUAUGAUGCCUUUGUGUCGUGCAGUGGGAGAGACGAGCGCUGGGUGGUGGAGCAGCUGCUUCCGGGCCUGGAGCAGAGGGGGCCUCCCUUCCUGCGUCUAUGUCUGCACAGCAGGGACUUCCAGUUGGGGAAGGACAUUGUGGACAACAUCACAGACAGCCUCUACGGCAGCCGCUACACCGUGUGUAUGGUGAGUCGUAACUACCUGCGCAGUAACUGGUGCUCCCUGGAGCUGCGGCUGGCCACCCUCCGUCUGCUGGUAGAGCAAAGGGACAUCCUUAUCUUGGUCUUCCUGGAGGACAUCCCUCCUCGCCAGCUGUCUGCCCACCACCGCCUGGCCAGGCUGGUCAAGACCAGGACCUACUUGGACUGGCCCCAGGACCAGGCCAUGCAGCCUGCCUUCUGGGAUUGUCUGUGGACCAAACUGGUCCCUCCUGAACCACAUCCUGGCCAGUGA